AUGGCUGCACCAUGUAGAAUUAUUUGGGUAGCUUUCCUUUGCUUGCUCGUUGCCUGCACGAUUGUUGAUGGGAAGAAGGAGAAGGCGAAGAAGAAGGAAGGAGUUGUGACCUAUGAUGGGCGAUCACUCAUCAUCAAUGGAAGUAGAGAACUUAUCUUUGCUGGUUCAAUCCAUUAUCCCCGUAGCCCUCCCGAGAUGUGGCCAGACAUCCUUGAAAAGGCCAAAAAAGGUGGUUUGAACCUCAUCCAGACUUAUGUUUUUUGGAACAUUCAUGAGCCUGUUCAAGGCAAGUUCAAUUUUGAAGGCAGCUAUGACCUCAUAAAAUUCCUUAAAAUGAUCGGGGAACAUGGUUUGUGGGUUAAUCUCAGGGUCGGACCCUACAUUGAGGCUGAAUGGAAUAUGGGAGGAUUCCCAUACUGGCUAAGAGAGGUUCCCAACAUCACAUUCCGUUCUUACAACGAACCUUUCUUGCACCAUAUGCAACAAUACACUGAGAGGAUCAUUGAUAUGGCGAAAAAGGAGAAACUAUUUGCAGAUCAAGGAGGUCCAAUCAUUAUGGCACAGAUAGAAAACGAGUACAAAAAUGUCCAGCUUGCCUAUAGAGAAGAAGGGAAAAAAUACGUUAAGUGGGCAGCAGAUAUGGCCGUCGCUACAUACAAUGGCAUCCCAUGGGUCAUGUGCAAGCAGCAGGAUGCGCCCGACCGUGUGAUUAGUACGUGCAAUGGGAGACAGUGUGGAGAUACUUUCCCUGGUCCAAAUGGCCCUGACAAGCCUUCUUUGUGGACCGAGAACUGGACUGCUCAAUAUAGAGUAUUUGGAGACCCUCCGUCCCAGCGUUCAGCAGAAGAUAUUUCAUUCUCUGUUGCUCGUUUCUUUGCAAGGAACGGUACCAUGAACAACUAUUACAUGUAUUAUGGUGGAACCAAUUUUGGUAGAACAAGUUCUUCUUUUGUGACAACGCGCUACUAUGAUGAAGCUCCCCUCGAUGAAUUUGGCUUGGAGAGAGGACCUAAAUGGGGCCAUUUGAGAGACUUGCACAGGGCUCUGAGAUUAUCCAAAAAGCCUUUGCUUUGGGGAACUCCUAGUGUUCAAAAGAUUAGCAAGGACCUGGAGAUUAUAACUUUUGAGAAGCCCGGAAGUAACAUUUGCGCUGCGUUCUUGACCAACAACGACACAAAGGUACCUGCAACCAUUAACUUCAGGGGUAUUGAUUAUUACUUACCAGAAAGAUCCAUCAGCAUUCUCCCUGAUUGCAAGUCUGUAGUCUACAACACUCAAACGGUUGUUUCACAACAUAAUUCAAGGAACUUCCUUCCUUCAAAGGAAGGAAAAAUCAACCAGUGGGAGAUGUUCCGAGAGAACAUUCCAAAUAUUAACGAUUUGCCCGUAAAGAACAAGGAACCACUUGAGCUAUACGGCUUUACUAAAGACACCUCAGAUUAUGCUUGGUACAGCACGAGCAUCACUUUCGAUAGGCGUGACCUACCAAUGCGGCCUGACAUCCUCCCAGUACUCCAGAUUGCCAGUCUUGGUCAUGCUUUGGCUGUAUUUGUCAAUGGCAUCUACAUAGGGUUCGGACAUGGAAACAACAUCGAAAAGAGUUUUGUCUUCCAGAAGCCCAUGAGUUUGAAACCUGGAGUUAACCAUAUCUCAAUCCUGGCCAUGACAGUGGGAUUUCCGAAUAGUGGAGCCUACAUGGAGAAGCGGUUUGCUGGACCCCGAGGUAUAACGAUCCAGGGUUUGAUGUCUGGAACUCUUGAUAUCACCAUGAACAACUGGGGACACCAGGUUGGUGUAGCAGGAGAAAAGAUGCAAUUGUACACUGAAGAAGGCUCUCGUAAAGUUAACUGGGGUCCAACUACAUCGAAUGGAGCAGAUGGACCAGUUACUUGGUACAAGACGUAUUUUGAUGCCCCAGAAGGUAACGACCCUGUUGCCAUCAAUAUGGAUAGUAUGGCAAAGGGCAUGAUCUGGGUCAAUGGUAAAAGCAUUGGCCGUUAUUGGACAUCUUUCCUCUCCCCUCUUGGGAAGCCUACUCAAUCCGAGUAUCACAUUCCAAGAGCCUUCUUGAAACCGAAGAACAAUCUAUUGGUCAUAUUUGAGGAGACCGGAGGAAAACUAGAUAAAAUUGAGAUACAGACAGUUAAUCGGGACACAAUCUGUAGUGUGAUAACCGAAUAUCAUCCACCCAAUGUAAAAAAUUGGGAAAGGAAGGACAACAAAUUUCGGGCAAUAGUCGAUCCUGUCAAGACUGGAUCACACCUAAGUUGCCCUGACGACAAGGUCAUGAAUGCCAUAGAAUUCGCAAGUUUUGGUGAUCCUGAUGGUGCUUGUGGAUACUUCUACCAAGGAAAAUGUGAUUCUCCCAAAGCCUUCAAAGUUGUUGAACAGCAUUGCUUGGGAAAGAAAGAGUGUACAAUUCCGAUUGAGAGACAACUUCUUGAUGAUCCAAGCAAGGAUUCUUGCCCAGAUAUUGCAAAAACACUAGUUAUCCAAGCAAAAUGUGGCCAUCCAAAGAAGAACAACAGUUAA